UUCGAUGGUUUGGCCACACCUUUCUGUGCUCUUCGUCGGCGAAAUAAGAUAAACACAAACAUUUUGCGGCAUUUGAAGCAAAAGAUAAUGUUUGGCGCCACACAAUCGACCAACCGGAUGAACGAUUUCGAGGUGGCCUCGCCACCAGACGACUCCGUCUCGGCGCUGGAAUUUAGUCCUAGCACGGUGCAGAAGAACUUCCUGGUGGCCGGAAGCUGGGACAGCACCGUGCGCUGUUGGGAAGUUGAGCAAAACGGUGCCACUGUGCCAAAAUCGAUGAAGACCAUGGGUGGACCAGUGCUGGAUGUUUGCUGGUCGGACGAUGGCAGCAAGGUGUUUGUGGCCUCCUGCGACAAGCAGGUUAAGCUAUGGGAUUUGGCGUCCGAUCAAGUGAUGCAGGUUGCGGCCCACGAUGGUCCUGUUAAAACGUGCCACAUGGUCAAGGGUGCAACAUACACUUGCCUAAUGACUGGCUCCUGGGACAAGACCCUUAAGUUCUGGGACACGCGUUCACCUAACCCCAUGAUGGCCAUCAAUCUGCCUGAGCGUUGCUACUGCGCCGAUGUGGACUACCCAAUGGCUGUGGUGGGCACUGCCAACCGAGGACUCAUCAUAUACUCGCUGCAGAACAGCCCUACGGAGUACAAACGUCAGGAGAGUCCUCUAAAGUACCAGCACCGUGCCAUAUCUAUUUUUAAAGACAAGAAGAAGGAGCCUACCGGCUAUGCCCUGGGCAGUAUUGAGGGCCGCGUGGCCAUACAGUAUGUUAAUCCUGCUAAUCCAAAAGAUAAUUUCACUUUCAAGUGCCACCGAUCCACGGGCACCUCGGGCUUCCAGGACAUUUAUGCCGUAAAUGACAUUGCAUUCCACCCGGUGCACGGCACCCUGGUGACCGUUGGUUCCGAUGGCACCUUCAGUUUCUGGGACAAAGAUGCCCGCACCAAGCUUAAGUCCAGUGAUGCAAUGGAUCAGUCCAUUACCAAGUGCGGAUUUAAUGCCAACGGUCAGAUUUUCGCCUACGCUGUGGGCUACGACUGGUCCAAGGGCCACGAGUAUUUCAACCCAGCCAAGAAGCCCCAAAUCUUCCUGCGUUCGUGCUACGACGAACUAAAGCCGCGCAUCAACUGAUCAGAGGAUUAUUUUAGUUUUAGUGAAAACCCCCACACGUAUAUGUAUUGCGAAUAAACAGAUUUGGAGCGAUA